CCUGAUAAGAGAGUACAUAUAAUUAGCUAUAGUCUGCUUAAUGAGCACAUGGAUUCUGACACUUCCUUCUGAUUGUUUUAAAAACCCUUUUGGUUUCCCCCUAAUUGAACACAACACUUCAGCUCUAAUUCACCUUUAAUUACUCAAUGGAAAUCCUUCACAAGGGCUCUCCAAACUUCCCAGGUUUGAAUAUGGGCGGGCAGAGCCGCUCUGGCCCUUUGCAGAUAAGAGCAGCACCUAACGGGUUAAAGAACAGGAAUGUAUCCAUUCACUGCCGAACGUUCGAAUGCUGAGUGCUUUAUGUAAAUAGAAGAUUGUAAUUAUAUCAUCAUAGGAUGGACUAAGCCCCCACCCAGGCCCUACCCCCAAUAUCCAAUAAGAACAGGCUGAGACUGACACCUGCCUAUAUUACUGCGGAGCAGAGGAAACUCUUGCACACUCAUCUUUUCCCACCGCAAACAAAUAUUAAGUCAGUGGAAUCAAGGGGUGGGGGAAAAAUAGAGGAACAGGGGAAAGGAGUGAGGCAAAAAUCAAGAGAUCUCUUUACAUCAGCCAGCUAUGACUUCCAGUAAGAUUGAAAUGCCUGGAGAGGUGAAGACUGAUCCUGCAGCCCUAAUGGCAUCUUUACAUCUUCUGCCUCUACCUACCUCCAACCUGGAAGUGAAGCACACCAAGGUAAGUGUUGUUAAAUCCUCGCAGUCCUUGUGUUCGUAAUAACCUGGGUUUCUACAGCUCCCAUUUCUCUCAAUGGACUGAUUUAACAGGGUUGUAGUCAUCCAAACUUUCCAGGCUAGGGCCACUUACUGUAGACUGGUAACCUACCAGCAUAGUCCACAUGUGUUGUGUUCUGAGUUCCCAGGCUCCCUGCUUGGGUUCUGUUUGGGAUUUAUCCUGUUAUUUAGGAGCGAUGGAAAUCCUAGAUAAUCAUAACUCUAGCUUUUUUUUCUUUCUACUUUUUUAAACGGCUUUUCAAUACCUUGAACCGUUAAAUGUAAAAGACCUAACUGUGGUCAUUUUCCCUCCAUAUCCACACACUAUUCAUAACCAGUGUGUGUAUAUGUAUGUAUGUGUGUGUGUGUGUAUAUAUAUAUAUAUAUAUAUAUAUAUAUAUAUAUAUAUAUAUAUUUUUUUUUUUUUGCGCCUGUAAAUGUAUGUGCUAAGCACUUCCUAUAAGUAUCUAAUUUUCCUGGUCCGUGCCCUCCGUGAUCGAAUCCUAUCCUUGUAAUCUACACUACUUGUUAUCGGUCUUUCAGUUCGAAAUAUUAAACACUGGGAACUUUUUUUUAUUUUUUAUUUUUUUUUUUUCUGUAUUUUGUGACAGAUAAAUGUGAGGCGAUCCUCCCUUCGGCACUUAAUGAGUUAAUCUGUUUCUCCAUCUAUAUACACCGCAAAUCCUAAUGAGCCCUUUGUUUUAUUAAUGGGCUUAGUGUGUACAAAUACUCUGUGCAAUGUUUUUAUUGUGGUUUCCGGGUUGCAGAGCUGUGUCUGUGACUGUUAUGUUUUCCCUAACUUUAUGUAUACACAUGUAUUUAACAAUCCGAGGACCACUACAAAUGUUUUAUUUAUUUUUAUGGUUUAAAAAAAAAAACAGUUUUGCUAUGCUUUAAUCCAUGGAGUAGGGAGUUAGGCUUAACAUCGCCCUGAGAUUUGUUUUUUGACUUCAAUGUAUUAACGUCGUUAUAUUAGAUAUUAUAAGAUCGUUAUAUUAAAAACCUGAAUAGCCUUAUUCAAUACACUACAAAUGGCAGAAUUUGACUUAAAAUAGCCAAGCUAGUUUUAGAUGAAUUCCUCAAAAUAGACUAUACUUUUCCUUUCUGGUUUCAGCUUGGUGCAACUUUUUAUUAGUAUGUUUAUGGCGCCAACAAAUUCCGUAGCGCUGUACAAUAUUAUCAGAGGGGAAUAUUUAACAAUAAAGUAGACAAUUACAAAAACUUACAGGAACAAUAGGCUGCAGAGGAUCCUGCCCAAAUGAGCUUACAGUCUAGAGGUAGUUCAGUUAAUAAACUCCCUAGGUUUGUUCACUAAAUGGCAACUAUUAAUUUUUUCCAAACUUAUUAUACUUAUUUUUGCUAGAGAUUCUCCAAUCUGAGAUCAUGUAAAAUACAUUUCAUCUCACACCUAGCACUUAAAUAGUUAAAUCCAGCAGGAAGUCAGUCUGUCACCUGAAACACUUUAAUUUUCCUAUGCCCUGACUUGUAUUUGUUUUAUCUUAUCCUGAUGCAGAUCAAAGGUCUUGUUUCAUUUUCUAACAAUCUUUUACACAAAGUAAAUAUAUACAUAGGGAUAUUUUAUUCCUCUUAUCUAAAACACUUCUUUAGUGUUUUGUUUUUUUUUAUUUUUUUUUUAACUUGGUAAGGUCAAAAUAAUCUGACAUGACUGAUACUGAUGAAUAUAUGGGUAACUAUUUGGCUUAAUAAAAAUAUCAACUUGCCUUGGUGGGAAAUUGAAACCCUUAAGUGUAACUGAUAACAUAUUAGUGGGGUUAAGACAUUAUUUAUUUUAUUUUAUUUAUUUAUUUAUUUUUUUCUCCCCAAUAAACUCCCAGGUGAACUGUCCCCCUUUUUUUUUUUUUUUUUUCCUUGCAAAAGGUGCUAUGUGGGGUGCAAGAUGCUGUGUAGGUUUUUUUUUUUUUAACUUUGAUUUUCAAAACUUUAGGAUAAGAAAUAAUGCUUAUUACUUGGGUAUCUAAAAUAUCUCAGUUGCAUUGCAGAGGCGCUGAAAGGAUAAAUGUACCCUUUCAAUAGAAAAGUGUGAUUCCCUCUUCCCUAACUAUAGAGUUUAUUUACUAAAAAGAGGGCAAUUGAUAAAGCUUAUUUUUAAUAUGAAAACUUUUUUUUUUUUUUUUUUUUUUUCAACUCUACUGUUUUUGCAGGUCAGCUUUUAAUAAAGUUCUGUGGUGAUUAGGGAUGUCUUUAUAUUAAAGAAAAUGUAUUUCUUUGAAAUUGCCUGCACCUACAAACUUUUCAAUUGGUCACAAGUUUUGGCCUACAAUAAUGGGUGUAGGAAUAAAAAAAGUGUCAUUUCCUAAGAAAUACAACUCAUUGUAGUGAAUUAAAAACUGUCAACUAGUUAAUGUUGCAUGACUGGACAUUUUUUUUCCAAUUCAAUUUAACUUAAAUCAAGUUAGCUAAAAACACAUUUGGAUAUAUCUCAAUGCUGAUUAAAAUGGCUUCUUUUUUAUAUAUGAAAAGGGUUAAUUCUGGACCAAAGAGCAUCAGGAUUACCCUGUUGUCUAAGGUGUUUUUAGAAUUGGGGAAGGAACCAUUAGCCACGACAGGGUAAUCUCUAAAUCCUGAUGUGGUAGGGGGUACACGAGGGCUGGGAACCCCUGUUUUACUGGUAUGGGUUUGUGGUGUGUGUGUUCUUAUUAACUUCUAUCUUUGUAAGUGCACUUUAUUUCCUUGGCACAUAUUAAAUUUCCAGUAGUAUUAUUCACCCACCCCUAGCGUAAUGCACAAACUAAAUAUUGCAUUACAUUAUAAUUGCCACUUAUAUAGCGCCAACAGAUUCCGUAGCACUUUACAAUAUUAUGAGAGGGGGGAUGUAACUAUAAAUAGGACAAUUACAGGAAUGAUAGGUUGAAGAGGACCCUGCUCAAACAAGCUUAGUCUAUUUACUAUAUAGUGCUAUAUGCGGUGAAUCUCACUGUACAUUUUCACAAUGUCCAAGCGCACUGUAACAGUGUUCACUUAUAGUGGCAUUUUCUGCAUUGAUCUUUGCAAUUCAUGCAGAAUAUAUGCAAAGUAAAAAGGGGGUUAGCCAUCGAAUUCUAUUUUUAACCUGAUCCGUGCCAGUCCUGACUGAAGGAUUUAACUUUCACCAUAUUGGUGCUAAAAGUAAGGCCCAGGGGAGACCUAUUUAAUCGCUCCCAUGGUAAAUUUUCUACUAGCAUGAUGAGAAAAAAAUGAAUGUGUGUACUUAUUGUAUUUAAGUCAAUAUUUAUUUUUUGUCUUUAUACAUGUGAAAAACGUUAUUUUUUGGGGGAUGACUGUUCACCAAGGGUGCCGGGCACUAUUUAGGUUCCUAGGUAACCGACUCAUUGACUAAUGCUUGAAUAGCUAUCCUCUCAGUAAUGUGUAGCUCAGGGUUGCAUGAAUAAAUUCUGGUGCACUCUUGGGUCAGGGGUCUGUAAGGGGUGCCUGUCAUUUAAUAUUGCAGUUUGCACGUCUCCCUGUGGCUCAGUGUUUCUACCACAUGGGUGACAAAUGUCCCCUUAUUAAAGCAACAAUAGUCAUUCUAGGUCUUCACUAAUUAUAUUGAGUUCAGCAAUGAGCAUAAAUUCUGUGAUUUGUGACCACAGGGUGUCCGAAGCGAUGUGAACAUGUGAGAUUUGGUUCUUGGAAACCAUGGGGAUAGUCAUAUAAAUGGAUCAAUAUUUUAAACCAACGAGAGAUAGAUAUGUAUGGUUUUUUUUUUUUUUUUUUUAAUAUAUUCUAGGUCCCCCCCCUCUUACACGCUGACCCCUAAAGUAAUAGAAAGCUGUGCUUUAGUAGUCAUAAACCUAACUAGGGCAUCUACUUGUCCAAAUAUAAAAAGACAAUGUGUUUUCUGUAAUUUAGUUUUUGGCCACAAAUAUAAAACAAUGUGUAAAUUGUAAACCUUCUAUGAAGUCUUGUCUUCAUUCUAAAGCAAAAAUGAUCUGAAGUUUGAAACCUUAACUUCAGAAGACUGUAUUCUUGGGUUUUUGUGACUUGUUUGCUCCCUACAUGCGCAACUUGAGAGAGGGUGGCAUACAAGCAGUGUGUGUGUGUGUUUAAAGGCACGACAAAUUGACUGGUUCUAAGGAAUUAACAGUGUGAAAGGGGGUCUAAUUGACAGCAGAAAUGUGGAGAUUUAACCCCGUAAUGUAAAAUUUUUUAAUUUCUCUUCCCUGCCCUUCCCUUAUUUCUAUGGAGCAGUUUUUAAUAGAAAUUUUGCUUUUUAUAAAGAAACCUUUGUUAUACCCCACACCCCCUUUCGUGGCUGUCAAUCAGGCGACCGGUCCUGUUACCUCCUGGUUAUGGAGGUAAACUCUGCAGUAUCAUGUAGUCGAAUACUUAAAAUGUACACCAAGAGAGGAACAGUUCUGCUUAUGACUUGUACAUACCUCCAACACUUCAAAUGUUUAAGCGACUGUUCAAUUUUAGGGGUGUGAGAUGGGGCUGUUGUGAGAUUUUUUUUUUUUUUAAUAUAAUUAUAUGCAGCAUGAAUAUAACUGCAUAGAACCAAUGCACCUUAUUUGCAGACUACCUUCAAAACAUUUAUUGUUUAAAACCACAGUACUCUGAGUCUUCUUGCUUUAGAGCUCUGGUAUACACUCAGACACUGACAAUAUGGAGUUCGUAGAGAAGGGAUAAUGGGUUCCCAAUUAGGGAUUGUUAAUUGCUAAACGAGGACAGUUGGGAGGCCUGCUUACCAAGUCUCUUAAAAGUCUCUAGUUUUGAGCAGUGGUGGAUCCAGAGCCUGAUCUCGGGAGGGGCACUUGUAGAUUAUUUAAAUAAAUAAUCCAGGCACAAUAACCACUACAGCUCAGUGUAGUAGUUAUGGUGUCAGUAGUGCCAGGAUUCCACCCCAGAGUAAGUAGUCAUACCGUUUAAGAACAGUUUGACAACUUACCUGGGGUCUGCUGGGAUAUAGGGUAUAGGAGCAGUGGUGUGUGUUAAGGGUGAAGUGUGUGAGUGCGGCAGUGUAUGUCAGGGUUGUAGUGUGUGUGUUAGGGGGCACUGUAUGUAUGGGGGACAGUGUGUGUAUGGGGACAGUGUUUGUGGGGCAGUGUGUGUGUAUGGGGGGCAGUGUGUGUAUGGGGACAGUGUUUGUGGGGCAGUGUGUGUGUAUGGGGGGCAGUGUGUGUAUGGGGGGGGGGCAGGAGGCUUUUUAAUAAUAAAUCAUUAUUUUUUUUUUAAAUAAAAUAAAUAUUCUAUGUCCCCCCUCCCUUCUUACCUUUAUUUAGGAGGGGGGACAUUUCCCUGGUGGUCCCAGUGGUGAUUCAUUGGUGGUCAGGUGGUUAGAGUGAACUCUAGCCCACGCUCCCGGGCUAGAGUUCACUCUCGCGAGAUUUGGAGCGUUGCCGUGGUAACCGCGGCAACGCUCCAAAUCUCGAGCGAGGAGGACCCGGAGGAGCUGCAGACUGAGCGCCGGGUCCUCCCUCUCACUCCCUCCCUCCGCCGCCGGCUGUCAGCACAGUGCCUGCGGACCGGGGAGGGAGAUCUCUGAUCUUCCUCCCCGGUCCGCAGGCACAUUGCAGGGCUAGCACUUGGGCAAUGCCAGCCCUGCAUUAGCUGGCAGGGGGGAAUCUCGGGGGGGGGGGGGUCAAUUGCCCCGUUGCCCCCCCCCUGGAUCCGCCAAUGGUUUUGAGUCAAAUUUUUGUUCUAAUAGAUGAUGUGAUGACCAUAUGGAGGCUUUCCAUGGCAUGUCUUGAUGUGUGCACCUACUGUAAUGCAUAUUCCAAUUUAUCCACACUGUGUGGUGUGGUUGGGGUGUUUAUUUUAUUUUUUUUUUUUCUCUAACCUUGGCAUUGCAGUUGUCCUCCUCUGCAUUCAGAAGUGACUGUGGAGGGUAGCUUUUAAUUGUAUUGUCAAGGUAGCCUUUAGAUAAACCUAAUGGCGCAAACCUCUUCACUGGAUUUAAAUCGUGAAGAGUUCCGAUUUUUGAACUAUUGAUGUGCCAUGAGGGUUACUUAAUGGGUGCUGUAGGUAUGCCAUAUCGCAUGGGUAGGCAGCCUUCAGCACUUCCGAUCUUGUGGGUUUGACUCCCCUGAUGUCUUGUGAGCACUAUGGUAGACUUGUUCCACGAUAUGUGGAGUGCCAAAGGAUGCCUAGAUUAUGGAUUGGCUAUCACAAAGCGUGUGCGAGUGCAAAUGUCUACUUGUGGGACUGAUUAGGAAUGACAUUGCAGAUUCGACUUGUCUGCAUCCUUGUGGGACUGAAAACCCAAAUUGACUGUCACAGAGCUUGGGAUAAGGUGACAAGUUAUGUCUAUAUUCAGUUACUUUCCAGCAUAUUUCACUACAAAACUAGUUGUCGGUAUUUAAUGAACUUCCUAAUCCCCAUACCACCAAUAUUUUUAUAAUGUCCUUUAUCUGAUUGGGUCUAGAAGUUGUGGUGUUGGUCUCCUAACUAAUCAAUAAUUGGCAUUAAAUAUCCAGUAUAUCUAAAAUGACUACCCAGAUAGGUUAUCUCAAAAGAUGACUAAUGGGCCUCUUUGUUUUGUGCAGUAUGACCUAAAGGUUGCUGCAAGACCACCACAUUUCUAGAAAUGUAAGUGAAUGGUCUCCCUUAAGAAAACAAAUGUAUUCAUCCAUAACUAAACGCACACAAACUUAAACCACUCGCUAAGCAAAAAAGUUUAUCGAGAUGUAAUGAAUAGUAAAAUAAGGUGCUAUUAAUAUCAUUUGAUGGGGUUGGGGGGAGGUUACACAGGUUACUAGUUGUGACAGUUACCGACUAACAGAAGUACUCCAAUUCUGAAUGCAGAACUAUGUCCAUUCAUUGUAAGACUUUGUUAUGCUCUGAAAUAAACCAAUGUUGCAGCAAGAAAUGAAAUCAUCAGACUGACCUACCUGUUCGGUCUCUGAGCUGUAAUUGAAUAUCCGCAGUUAACACCUGCACAGUUAAGGUGAUAAAGCAUGAUCAUUGGGGAAAUUGCGAUGUUAUGCAAUUCAUAUAAAGCUAAUAUUUCAUCAGGACCUUUGGCUAAAAAAAAAAAAAAAAGCUAGCAAGAUACAAACAUCUGUGUGCCACAGGGCAGUUUGCUCUUCAUAGAGCCCCUAAUAUUUAGUUUUCUCAUGGCCCUUUGGGAUAAAAUAGUUUUUAUGUCUCCAUACUUUAAAUUCUUACCCUUUCAAAAAUAAAACGCUACUACCGCAUUAUACACAGGCCGCACCAGUAGGCAGCACACCCUACUACAUAUCACUCUAUGUAAACCCCACAAUGACAUUGAUGCUCUGUAUUACUUUGUGCAAUGUUGUUUUCUUGAAUAUUCUGUAUGUUCACAUGGUAUGAGACAAAGAAUUUUAAAUUAAAUAUAUUUAAAAAAAUUAUAUAAUUUUUUUUUUUCCCCUAUGUAGUGAACUUCUUGAAAUAUUGACUUUAAAAAAAAAAAAAAAAAUGUACGUGAAUUGGCCUCUAGUCCAGCAAAGUCUCAUGAAGGGGUCCGCUAUUUUAAAAUGUGGGGUAACUACACUUCUUUGCAUCUAAUUGGCUUGACUGUAUUUCAGACCCUCUGGUCUUUUACUUUCAAAUAUGUAGUCUAUCCAUGAACCAAACUACUCAAAAUGUGAGCUCCUUCAUCAUCAAGGAAUCUGUGUGGGUCCCUCUCCCCACUGUUCUCUCUUCUUCACAAGUCUAAUACUUGCAAUGACAGAAGCUGGUGGCAUCAUUUUGAAGGAUUGGGGACUAUAGUUAACUGGUAAAUGGCAGAAGUUGAGGAACUUACCCUCGUUUUCAUGUUCAUACACAUUGUUUGGUUUUUUGCAACAUUUUUAUUUUUUUAUUUUUUUUUAUUUUAUUUUUUUCUAUUUCAAUGGGGAGCAAUGGUUGCUUGGAUGUUAAAAUCUGCUUCCUGCCCAUACACAAAUUCUUAAAUCCAUCUCACUGAAAUCUAGUGUUAAAAGUUUUAUAUUAUUUUUUUUUUUUUUUUUUUUUUUUUUUUUUUUUUACACUUGCAAUUAAUGCAGCUGUGGAAGCAACAUGUAGAUCACAACAUAGUAAAAUCUAAAUUUAAUUGAGAUUUCAAUAGGGCUUCCCUUUAAAUACCCCUUUCUGUACACACGUGUGCAAUUAAUGCACACUAAGGUUUAUUUUAUUUCUCUGUGAAAUAUGUACACUUGAUGGUGAAUUAAAUGGCAAACGCUGUUGCUGAUUUAUGGUCUAAAGUCUGCUUUAAUUAACACUGAAUCUAGAGCCAUUACUAUUGUAGAUGGCGUUGACUAUUGAAUGUGAACAAUGUGCUCUCUGGGUGCUGUUAUAUAAUUUACAUUGAAACUAGACCUGCUUUUCUAAGGGGUCUCCUCUUUGUCAUGUAACCGUCAGCGUUCAUUAUAUACACUCUCCAGAUAGGAUCAUUUCGUGUCACAUAGUUUCUCUGAUUUACAGACUGCCCUUGGAACAGUCACUAUAAAUUAGAAAGUAGAGGAAAGGAGGUAGAAAACUAAUUUAAGCUUUGCAGGGAUUCCUUGUGGGUUUUUUUUUUUUUUUUUUUUUUGCAAUGUGUCAUCACUUGUCCACUGCUUGGCAUUUUUAUGAAGUGACCGUAAUGAGAGUCAGAUUAAAUGUACAAUGCAUAUAAUCAACAACCAUCAGUCUGUAUAGAUUUGUAUUUUUUUUUAUUUUAUUUUAGUCUGUUCUAAAAAGCCCCUAGUGAAUGUAAAUUUAUUGCUAAAGAAUCUGGGCUUGGUGGUAUGGAGUGAAUGUCUGUGGCAUGGUACUACCUGAUACAGAACACUAAAAAAAGUUCAAGUCUUAAGUGUAAGGUUUUGCUUGUAAACCUGGCAGCUGGUGGAUUUCAAGACUUGAAACUAUUCCAGACCAUUCGAUGAGGAAUUUUACACACACAUGCUGUAGUAAAUAGGGGUUUUACAGCCAAUUUAAAUGUGAUCAACGUCCGUUAAUGGGUGGAUAACUAAUAUCUUAUGGUCUUUAAAUUAAAGCUAGGAAGGGGCAGCAGUUGCUACUUCUCUUAUGGCGUCCAUGAGAAGAGCUGACCUUCUUGUAAUUUCAUGAAACUAUAUAUUUAAAAUUCUGAUCUCAAUAGAGUUGUAACUAGAAUUUCAAACCUUUCUGACUUGUGCAAUAAAACCUUUUUACGUUGUCUCCUCACAUAGACUCUACAGAGAAUGGUGACUGCUGCUUGAUCUACCCUAUGUCACUCACUCCUCACUCCCCCGGGUCCAUACACUGGUCUGCAGUGCUCCAUUUUCUGUCUUUCAACAGCUGUAGGCUAAAGGUGUACUGUAAGAUUGAAAGUAGAAUCCGUCUUGCUGGGGGGUAAACGGAGCAUAGAUAUGGACCACUUUUUCACUUAAAAGGCUCUUCUAGGACUAUAAAAUAUAUAUAAUUUUUUCAUUUUUUUUUUUUUUUAUCUAAUCAAGCUGACAAAGUAACCUUCCUACUUUAGUCUCUCUCUCCGUUAACAUAUGUAACACCUCUUCUGUAUGGCUAAUAUAAUGCAUAUGGCACUCUGUAGUGUACUGCGAAGUAUAAAUUGUGCAUCUGGCUUAUUCUGGAUCAACUGCAGAGUGGCAUUCGAUGCAUUUGAUUCUGUAACUUGAUUUCUUAAUACCAAACCAAUUCUGCAAUAAACUAAAACUGCUUAUCUGCCAGACUGUCUUUAAAAAUAAAUUCCAACCCCAAUAUAAGAAAUAAAAUGCAACGCUUGUAACCUCCCUCCCUAGUGGCCAAGUAUCUUAUGUAUGUCUUCCAAUAUUCAUUCCUCCUAGAUUUUCAUCAACAACGAAUGGCAAAAUUCAGAGAGUGGAAAGGUCUUUCCAGUGUACAAUCCAGCAACAGGAGAGCACAUUUGUGAAGUUCAAGAAGCUGAAAAGGUAAUGAUUGGGGUUUUUAUGUGCAUGCCAUCUAUUUUACAUUGCAGCAGCAACUGACAGCAUGGUGAAGCGAGCUUCAUUUAAGACAAAUGCAGUUUUUCCUAGAAUACAUUGUGUACUAUAUUAGUUCCUGGUUUGAACUUAAGGCUAAAGUCAACCAACACGAAAACUGAAUUCCUUAUAAAAUGAGGCUUUUUAAAAAAAAGUGUUCCCAUCAACAGGCUGAUGUAGACAAAGCAGUGAGGGCUGCCCGCUUGGCUUUCUCUUUGGGCUCAGUCUGGAGGAGAAUGGACGCAUCAGAACGUGGGCGACUCUUGGACAAAUUGGCUGAUCUAGUGGAAAGGGAUAGAGCUGUUCUUGCUGUAAGUGGAGACUCUUGGUUAUUUCCAGCCUCCUGCUUGGAACAAUUUACUGUGGGGAAAAAAAUCCAUUUGUAAUCUCAAACUGACUAGUCUUUGAAUGUCGUCUAUGCUUUAUGUUCCAGACCCUUGAAUCUCUAAAUAGUGGGAAGCCAUUUUUACAGUCUUUUUAUGUGGAUCUUCAAGGUGUUAUCAAAACGUUUCGCUAUUAUGCUGGCUAUGCAGACAAGAUACAUGGAAUGACUAUCCCAGCCGGUAUGUGUAAUUAACCAGCAGGACCUGCUGAUGGUAUAAGACUUUUCUCCCUUGUGUGUAAACAUGAGUAUAUAUUUACCUGCUUUCCACCCUUUGCCUCUCUGCAUAGAAUAUCCCAUUGUAGAUAUUGAGAAAGUUGCGUCCAAAAUAAAGCCAUUGAAGCUGUACACCCACAGCCUGCUUGCUGAUUAUGCUGUGUUUCCAAUGGAACUCUGCAAUGCGAGACUGUAACCUCUGGUUCCAAGUGGUCAUGCUUUCCAGAAGUGGUGCUCCUGUAGGCUGAGGCCUAAUCUGUUUUAGUGAUGCCACCAUGAAAGUGGGACAGUUCUUCUAUUUGUCUAUGUAUUUAAACUAUAAAUCACAUGAAAUAUAACAUUGGUGGGUUAAUGUCAUACUCUGUGUCUAUGACUUGAAGUAAGAAACUGGGUGACCAAGAAUUAAUGCUUCAUAAUUUUCUUAAAGCAGUAACUGAGUGAAGGGCAAGUCACCUCAAACACUUUAUCAAGAUAAAUAUCGCUUACACAAAUGUAUAAAACUACACAUUCUAAUCCUAAAUGAAGAACCCCUUCCCUUCUAGUAUAAACGUGGAAUAAUUUUGAUCCAUGGGUCUUAUUUCCCUUCUAAGAUUGGAUGGAGAGAGAAUACUUUUUUAUUUUAACUGCAUUUGACUUCAAGAACUCUGUUUGAGGCAUUCUAGUCCACGGAUAAUAUUUAUCUUCCAUCUAUUAAUUCAGGGAGUGCAUGGAUUUGUGCUUUAGUACUCUUCCACAAUUUACUCUCCUAUACCACAAAUACUAGACACAAGGUUCUGGAAAAUAAUGUAUUGAGCAGCCUUCAUUCUGUAGGUGGUCUCCAUAGGCUGAAGACCAACCAAAACAUACUUGGAAGAUCCACAGUGACUGAAUUUUCCAAAGUUGGAUGGUGAUGGGGAAACUGUUAGAAUAACUCUGCUUGUUAACUCCCUGUUAAUCAUUUGGAAGAUGAGAAGUGGGGAAUGAAAAUUAGCAAUUGUAAAUAUCCAAAGGAAUAAAGCUCUCAGUGCAGAUUGCGCCCUCUCUGGUACAACUUACCACGUAGAAUUCUUCCACUAAAAUUCAAGUUUAUAAUUUUUUCUUUUUCAGAUGGUGAUUAUUUUACUUUUACAAGACACGAGCCCAUUGGAGUGUGUGGACAGAUCAUUCCAGUAAGUAUCUAACUUCCUACUACUUAAAGACAGCUGGAAGUGUUCAAUACAUGCCCCCUCUCCAAAGUCCAAUUUAUAUCUACACAAAUAAGAAAAUGCAUGCAUAUCUUUAUUUGGCGUAUAUCUACUAAACGUCUCUCCAGUGUAUGGAGUGUACACUUUUUAUUUUUUAUUUUUUUGGAACACUAUAACACGAGGAAUAAAGGUUUGCAUUUCAUACACUAGAGUCUUCUACUCACGCACUUGUCUGUGCCUCCCUCACACAGACUAAAAAAGGUAGUUUACUUAACUUUCAGCCCAGUGUGCUGUGUCCAACCCCUUGGCUGAUAUAAUCAUCUUGAUGACCUGUUCCGAUGUUUCCACGUAGGGACGCUUUGAAAGGGUACUUGGCAAUAACCGUGCUUCGCCAAUCUGCAUCUCCUCAUAGAAAUGCAUUUCUAUGGGGAACAUUCAGCCUCUUUAUGCACGUCACGAGAGACACUGAACGUAUGUUCUGCGACCAUUGCAUGACCUUAUCCAGGAAAUCCUUUUAGUGCUGGUCAGUCUGUGACAAAGCAAUUUGCAAGGAUCUACCACCAGGGACAGACAAUAUGCCCCAGCACCACUACAUUAAGAAAUUACACUUAUGAAACCAGUACAACUUAAAGGAACACUGUAGGUACUGGAAUUUUAUUUUUAUUGAAAUUGUUGGCUAUGGGUCUAUCCCCACAAAUUCUUGGAAACACAGCUUUAAGCAAUGUCUCAAUGCCAUCUACGUAUCGAAGCCAGGACUGUUACUUUCUGUCUAUCAUACUGUGAUGUCACUCGUUCAUGGGCAGUAUCAUCACAGACUGCCGCAGAGAAUGAUUGUAAUCCGUCAGAAUCCUGGGCGUAUAAUGGCAUGCUCCUUGAGAAACGUCUGGCUUCCAAAACUGAAAACACACCAAGAACAUACUGGUCACUACAAAAUAAACUAGCAUAGGAAUUGUCCUGUUCAGCUUGUAAUUACUGUAUAGUUUUUCCUGGUUGUUCUGUCAUAAUUUAAGAUGAAAGCCAGAAAUAUGUGCUAUAGUAGAACAGAACCUUUUUAAAGUCACCCUAGCCACUGAGUGCAGUGACCCUGUCAAGGGGAGGCAUGGAAACCUGAAAAUAAACAGGGACACUAAAGCAUUAGGGAAUGGAAACGUUAAAAAGGACACUAGUCCCCAGAACUACAGCUUAUUGUAUUUGUUUUGGUGGAUAUAGCCUGUCCCUGCAGGCUUUUUGGAGUAAAGUGUUUUCAGAGAAAAUGCAGUGUUUACUUUACAGCCUAGUGAUAACUUCACUGGCCACUCCUCAGAUGGCUGCUAGAGGUGCUUCCUGGGGCAGUGUUGCACAGUGAGCAGCACUGCCAUUCAGUGUCUCCACCCUUUGCAUGGAGACGCUGAAAAUAUUUCUCAGAUCCAUUGAUUCAAUGCAUCUCUAAGGAGAUGCUGAUUGGUCAUGGCUGUAUUUGGCUUGUGCUGGCUCUGCCCCUAAUCUGCCUUCUUGAAAGUCUAUGUGAAAGCAUUGUGAUUGGCUCAGAUCAACACUUCUGAGCUCUGCCAAGCAGGCAGAUCUGGGGCAGAGCUAGCAGCAGUAGACUGGAAUCAAAGUAAGGUUUUGAUAUAUUUAGGGGGUUAGAUGGUGUAUUUAACAACCUAGGCAUACAUGUCUGUUACUGACCCUAGUGUUCCUUUAAGUUUUGUCCUUUUACCCUGUGUAGGAUAUGAAUGCUGUUCUGUCUGCAGAUUUUUUUCCUACGCCAGAUGUCACUAAUAACUCAUUAACUCUAAUGCUUUAAAUUGUUUUGACAAUGCAUCUUUAUACUGGACUAAUGCACUUGCUAGGGGUGUGUGGGGUCCCUCAUUUUCCUAAGACAAAAUAAACUGAAUUCUCAUUCUUCUGUUCUAGAAAGCCUAACAAAUCUAAGUUUCCCAAGUCAGCAGUAGUACUUGGCAAAUGGAUGUCAGUCCAGGGUCUAUGCCUAAUGCUUGCUUUUGCUAAAUUGGCACAAAAUAAUUCUGAAAGCUGCCCACAUCCUGCUAAAAUGAAGGCGUAGGGAAUAAGAAUUUCUUUGUAUACUAAAUGUAUAAGCUAGCAAGAAUCAAUCUUAUGGUGUUUAAAAAAAAAAAAAAAAACACCCCCACUAAUCUAGUUCUUCCCCCUCCCUCGUCCUGUGAUUUCAGGAAUAUUUUAGCUCCAUUUAAUAGGAAUCUGGAAAAUAAUGUGUUUCUGUGCAUUAGACCUCAUUCUUCAACCUGUUUCAUCCUACAGUGGAACUUCCCCCUCUUGAUGUUUGCGUGGAAGGUGGCACCUGCACUGUGCUGUGGGAAUACAGUGGUAAUCAAACCUGCUGAGCAAACCCCUCUCACUGCACUGUAUAUGGGAGUCCUGAUUAAAGAGGUAAGGAGGAGAAAAAAAAAACCUCAAACUACAUAUAAUAAAACAGAUACAUUCAUUUUAAGUACUAUAUUUUCACUCUCCCUUUAGGCUGGAUUUCCACCAGGAGUCAUUAAUAUUUUGCCAGGCUAUGGUCCAACUGCAGGCGCAGCGAUCUCUUCUCACCCUGGCAUAGAUAAAAUAGCUUUCACUGGGUCGACUGAGGUAUGUAUAUGUGCUGUGCUAGGCAGUGUUUAUUUAGACUCCAAUUAAAUGUUCAAUGUAUAUUUCUGCAGCUACUUGUAUGUGCAGACUUUAUUUUUUUGUUGUAUUUUUGUGUAAAAACUGACAUAGCUCGCUCAUUUCACUAGACUAUUGUAAUUAUGUCUGCUCUAACUGUAUUGUAAAGUGAAUGUUUAAUAGGAGUAGAAUGGCAACAAAGUCCACGGGGGGGGAGGGGGGGAGCCUUAUGUGGCUACCCGGUUUCUUGUGUGGGUUUUUUUUUUCUCUUGUAAUGUGCAUACUCUAACUCUUUAGGGGGAACCUGUUUUGUAGCCCGUUCCAGGGUAAGCUAUUGGACAAUGAUUAAGGCCAUCAACUGGCAUCAGAUAGCUAUGCCAAUGUUUACUACUUUAUGUGCAACUCUGAAACGAGUUGGGUGGGUUAAACUAGAAGCCGCUACCCUGGAACCUCUGCUUUAAUGAAUUUUGGAAUUGUAAAUGUCCUAAAGGUUCCCUUCCAUUUGCUUAGACUUGGUAGCAACACUUCUACUUACUGCAAGCCUUUUUAUGAUCCCAAAAGUAACAGCCUUCUGGUAUAACUAAGUAAUCUAGUUAAACCGUUCCAUAUUCAACUUUUCCUGUUGCAGUGCUCAACAUCACUUUUAUAGUUUAUAGCUAUUCAUUUUUUAUUUUAUCAACAUUUAACAAAAACAGAAGAAACAAUACAAAUAGAUCCAAUAUUUCAUUACAUAUCGACACAGUAAAUUCAUGUAGAUCUAGUACAGAGAAGUCUCAUUUACGGAAGUGUAUUCCUUUCAAACCGAAACAAACUAUGUGGACGUACAUAAUUAAGGACGGCAUACCUUGUGGCUCAGCAGCAGGGUGUGACCGUUUCAGUAUAUCCAAGGGAUCUUUUUGUUUUUAUUAGGAAAUCAUGAAAAUAAUUCUUUUAAACCUCUGCCAUCCUUAAAGGACCACUAUAGUGCCUUGAUGGUGCCCCGACCCUCAGGGACCCCCUCUUGCCGAGCUCUGGGGAAAGGGAUUAAACUUACCUCUUUCUCCAGCGCCGGGAGGGAGCUCUCCUCCUCCUCUUCGGCUGAAUGUACGUGCGUGCAUUCAGCCAGUCCAUAGGAAAGCACUCACAAUGCUUUCCUAUGGACGCUGGCGUCUUCUCACUGAUUUUCACAGUGAGAAACGCGGAAGCGCCUCUACCGGCUGUCAAUGAGACAGCCACUAGAGGCUGGAUUAACCCAUUUAUAAACAUAGCAGUUUCUCUGAAACUGGUAUGUAUGUAUGUAUUAACCCUAGAAGGAACUGGUACCCAGACCACCUCAUUAAGCUGAAGUGGUCUGGGUGCCUAUAGUGGUCCUUUAAUAUAAAGUAAUCCCCCCUCCCCCCAUAUGCUAUCCAGAGUUUCCAUAAAUCUUGAUAUGAAACAGAUUGACCUGAUUUUAGUAGUAAAGUUACAUUCCAUCAUAUACUGAUAUUCGAUUUGUGGAGGAUCAGCUGAUUUCCAAUGACGAGCUAUAGUAAUCUUCAAAGCAUAAAGAAUGAGUAAAUAUUUACACUUUAAAAAAAAAAGAGAAAUUUUAAUAAACUCAAGAGAGUAAUUCUCACAUCUUUGUGAUAAGUCUAAAAUCAGAAGAUAUAUGCAUCUUAAUAUCAUUUAGUAUCUUACAGGUAAAACAAAUAUGAAAUAUUGUACCAGUCUCCUUAUGGCAUCUCCAGCAUAUAGGCGAAUAAGCUUCAUACAUUUUAUGUAGUUUAGAAGGAACCAAGCAUAAUCUGUACAAGAUCUUUAAAUGAAGUUCUAACAAAAAUAUACAAUGACUGUUAUGGUACCGUUCAUAAGAGCUAUGGUUUUUCCCAUUAUAGCAUCCAAGUAGAGAGCACUCUGGAGUCUUUGUUUUAGAGGUCUUGAGAAAAGUCUAUUGUGACUGAAAUGUCGACAUUUUUUGUAUUCUGCACAAUAAAGACUCCAGAGUGCUCUCUACUUGGAUGCUAUAUUUUGGUCAGAGAUUACUUGCACCGGAGCAAAGAAAAGACCGGGAACAUUGAGUGCUGGGACCUGGGAAAAUAUAUAUGUGUAUGUGUGGUUGGUGUGUGUGUGUGUGUGUGUGUGUGUGUAUGUGUGUGUGUGUGUAUGUGUGUGUAUGUGUAUGUGGUUUUUGUUUUUUUUUUUUUUUUUUUUUUUUUUUUUCCCAUUUCCUCCCCACCCACCACUUGUACAAGUUUAGAAGAUUGGGAUAUUAAGCCUUUUAUACCUACACUAUCUAAAUAAUCGAAGUUAUGGUGUUCAGAUAUGUUUUGAGUUUAGAAUGUUUGAUCGUUAGCUAUAGAAAAGUUUUGCUACAGGGUGUAGUUAUCUUGUAAACAUGGGGAAACUAUUUUUUUUUUUUAAUUUUAUUUAUUUAUUUAUUUAAAGAUCUGCAUAUUUAUCCCUCAUAAUUUCCAUAUCGAUCCUAUCAUAAUGCAGAGUUUCAAAUGGGGCUUGAAUCUGAAAGAUUAAGUCUAACUUUUAAAACUUCUAGCAUGUCCAUAAUCAAAGUAUUUAAAUCCUUUCUUUGUUUACUUACGUCAAAGUUAAUUGACCAGAAUACAGUAUUUAUUUAAACUGACAAAUGGAUAGUUUUCUUGCUCUAUCUGGAACCAGGAAUCCCCCUUUACAAUUUAGUUUAUUCCCUAUCAUUACAUUUGCAAUUAGGCACGUUUAAUGUAACUCUGCAAUAUCUGACAUCACUUUUAAAAACCGUGUAAUGGUUUGUAAAUGCUAUGAAUUACUUUGCAUUACUGAUUUACUGAAAAAUCUGUUUAAUGAUCUCAUAAUGUCCUCUACUCUUCUCUUGAAUAAGAAAGCUAUCUAGAUCUUGCAAGGUUUGGAAUGAAAUGUCUAAAAGAUUGUGCAUUAUUGUGUCCCUAUGUACAAACUAGUUGGCAGUUGUAAAAUUCCAAACUUGGGGGAAGGGGGUGCUUUCUGAUAAUGGCUUGUAAAUUUGUUCUCUUGGCAUCUGCAAUUCUAACUCUGCUGCUUUUUGGAAUUGACCUUGACAAAACCUUUAAUAGUUAAUGUUGGAUAACAUGUGCCAGGUCUGCAUGUGAGAAUGAAAAUUAAAAUUCAGGAUAUUGCAAAGUGCACUCUAAACAACUUUCUUAUGGCUUUUAUAUUUCCAAAUUCUCUCUCAAUAUGCAGUUGAGAGCUUACCUAUAUUGCUAGGAAUAACCAAUGUCCCUUCAUGUUCAGGUCACAAGGAUUAUAUAGUUUUGAUGCAAAAUGUAAAAACUAAAUGGGUUCUUAACAGUCUGUCAGGUACCACAUAAAGUGCCUCAGCUCCAGCAACAAUGUCCUCUGAAAUUUGAAACAGUUAUUAAAUGAUAGUGGUAUUUGAUAGCCCUACUAUGAGACCCUUAUUAUUAUUAUUAUUAUUAUUAUUAUUAUUAUUAUUCAAACCUUUGCACUGGAUGUCAUGGUGGGGGGAUUUGUGGUUUUCUAUUUUACUUGGUCUAAGGGUUAAUUCUUUAGAUUUUCCCACACCUGAAGGUAAAUCUCAUGUCACAUGGACACUUGUAAACUACAAUUUGGUUAAUAGUGUAUGGGAAGAAUGCAUUUUGUAAAUACCUGCUGGUUGCCUUGUCUGUCUGGAUAUGCAUGUGAUACAGCCAUUUCUCACUCAAUUUAGUUGUUGAUGGUUGUGUGACUUCUCAAGGUCACACUACUAAGCAAGAAGUGCGGAAGUAAAUGGUUGCUGUGGUAGCUUCCUAGUGGCACUAGGAAGUUACAGAUUGCUUAGAUGGUUCAGGUGUUGGCGAUUCAAGCACUUGAACUGAUCUAUAAACGUUUGCCAUUUUCUGAAGGCAAACCAAUCUGAUCGGGUGUCAUGCGUAGAUGGUCUCUACACCACAUGUUACCGAGCUGGUAGACAUUUGUCAGUGGUAGAUCUUAACAGGGUACUACAUCUAGCUAAUGGACAAAACUUUGUUCCAUGGUUAACCUCGCCAACAGAUUGGCAUACUUAAGGUGCAGUAAGAUGCAACUAUUCUGGAGAUAUAAUGAACAGCACUUCUGUCUUGUAUGCAAGAUGUGUUGCCUGGGACCCACGAAAGUAUAGAGUUGCCUGAGGUUUUUAAUUACUCUGGGAUGGUGGCUGUUUUAACUGGACUGUUGUCACUCACAAAUGUGCAAGCAUUAUCUUUAUAUAUCCAUUAUAUAAUGUUGAUCUGGUCCUACAUAAGAAAAGUUGUAUCUUUAUAUAAAAAAAAAACUUUUUUUUUUUUUUUCAUUUUAGGUUGGUAAGCUAAUCCAAGAAGCGGCUGGAAAAAGUAACUUGAAGAGGGUGACUCUUGAGUUGGGAGGCAAGAGCCCCAACAUAAUCUUUGCCGAUGCUGACUGUAAGUUUAAAUGCAGCCGGUCUCCCUCUUAUGCUUUAUGACUCAUAUAGUGAAUCUCUCACAUUCUGGAGAAUUUGCUUCUAAACAUAUAUCCAUUCUUUAACUAAUAAGGAAUAGAAAAUUCAUAGCUAUCCCUCCCCCACCAAGGGUGCAUUGUGACCCUACUCUUGAUCUCUCCUUUACAGUGGAUUAUGCAGUGGAGCAAGCACAUCAAGGUGUCUUUUUCAACCAAGGCCAGUGCUGUACUGCAGGUUCUCGAACAUUUGUAGAGGAGUCUAUUUAUGAUGAAUUUGUACAAAAAAGUGUCGAACGUGCAAAGAGAAGGGUAGUCGGCAGCCCAUUUGACCCAACAACAGAACAAGGACCCCAGGUAUGUAAAGCCUCCCUCCCUCUGAUUCUGUGCUUUCUAUUGUGAAUUCCUCCCCAAUCUUAAUUUUGUUAAAGUAAUCCUGCUUGUGGAAAUGGGAUGCCAAAAAUCCCACCAUCUUUUAUUUGAUUUAUAUCAGAAGCAGGGUUUAUUUCUAUAUAUUUUUAUUUUUUUUUAUUUUUAGACUGAUAAGAAACAAUAUAACAAAAUCUUGGAACUUGUCCAAAGUGGAAUUGCCGAUGGUGCUAAACUGGAAUGUGGUGGCAAGGCUCUUGGCAGAAAAGGACUGUUCAUUGAACCAACAGUGUUCUCAAAUGUGACUGAUGAAAUGCGAAUUGCCAAAGAGGAGGUAAACACCUGUCCCUAAGCAAACUAUGUACAUUACUCCCACUUAUACAUUGUUUAGACUUCCUUAAACAAUUUCUUUAUAGCCUAACUUAUACUUCAGCAACAAUUACAAAUUUUAUGUUUCGUAAAUUGGGUGGGGUUUUUAUUUUUCUGAAGCCAUAGUCUUAAAUUUGUGAAUUUUACCAGGUUUAAUUUUAUUAAAUGUAACUGGAUUCAGGUAAUGUUGUGAAAAAGUAUAGUCCUCCCAAAGAAUAGAUACAGUCUUUGCAAAGCUAAUUAAUCUUGUCUUAAUUUUAUUUUAGAUUUUUGGACCUGUCCAGCAAAUACUAAGAUUUAAAACUACAGAAGAAGUCAUCGAAAGGGCCAACAACUCUGACUAUGGCCUUGUGGCAGCGGUCUUCACGAAUGACAUAAACAAGGCGCUUACGGUAUCUUCUGCAAUACAAGCUGGGACUGUGUGGUAAGUAGAUCAGAAAAGACUUCCUCUUGCCUUCCAUCAUCUGAAGCAUGUAACUUACAAAAAUAUUAAGGGACCUCUAAAUACACAUGCCGAACGAGACCCUUGGGAACACUAAUGUUUACUUGUGCCUCAACUGCAAAAGGUAUAUUAGUGUGUGUGUGUGUGUGUGUGUGUGUGUGUGUGUGUAUAUCUAUCUCCUAUAAAACACAAUUUAUGAAUGGCAAACUAUUUUGUAGAAAAAUCUAGGUAAUCUUGGGUUUUCUUUUGUUAAGGUUUUGAUCAUAUGCAUGUUUACCUUUUGCAGGUACUACUUGAUAAACGCUUCUUAUAGUUUAUUUUCCUCUCUUCCCAUAAUUUUUUCCUAAACAGGAUAAACUGCUACAAUGCAUUAAAUGCUCAGAGUCCAUUUGGCGGAUACAAAAUGUCGGGCAAUGGAAGAGAAAUGUAAGUAUUCAUUCCUGAAGAAGUAUAUAGCUUUAGAUGUGCAUUACAAGAAAAUAAUCUAUUUUGUCCUACUAAUUAAGACUAUAAAAAUUGAAAUAUAAAAUUGACAAUAUUCAACUUUUAUUUUAUUUUCUUCUGCAGGGGAGAAUAUGGUCUGAAGGAGUACACUGAAUCAAAAACUGUGACAAUAAAGAUCCCCCAAAAGAACUCCUAAGAAUUAUUUAAAAUAUAUCAAGAUCUUGUUAGAAUUACUAUUUUCUACAGAGUUUGGCAUUUCAGCAUUCCUCAAUUCACCUUCACAAUUUAGUUGAGCGAGAGUUGAUGCAUGCUCAGAUAUUUAUUCUUUGUAGUAAAUCUAGACUGUUUUAUCUUGUAAAAAUGUAUCUGGACCUGUCCUCAGGAAUAAGAAGCAUCCUAUCAUAUAUUUAAGCAGUUUCUAUACAUACAGUCUAAAAAUUGGUUAAGUAACUCAUAUUUUAAUGUCUUCAUAAAUUUCUUCAAAAUUUUAACCUUUUUAUUGUACUUACAGUAGGUUUUUAUUUGAAAAUGAAGUCAGUACAUAUUUGUUUGUGGUUUUUACUGUAUGAGAUCAUCUCACUUCUUGCAACUCCAGUAUAUAUCCUUAACUUGUCCUAUAGUUCUAGGCACUGUGUAAAAACACUGCUUGGCUUUGGAAUACAAAUCUAUUUACACAAGAGACUCCUCUUGUUCAAUCUAUGCUGCUUAUUUUAAAUGCAAUAAUUUAAGGUAUGAUGGAGGGAACCUAUAGUCCACCUAUUUUGCGUUCUGUUAUUAUUGUAUAAUUUUUUUUUAAUUGUAUAGUUUUUAGACUGUUAAUUAUGUAGGAGGUUCUGUUAACUUGUGUAUGCUGCUGUAAAUUCAGCUUUAACCCAAGUGAUGUGGUAACGCUUCCCUUACCUUUGUAUUGCUUAAUAAAAAUACACUAGACAACUGA